GGAAGAACGUCAAUAGCUGCAUUGGACCGCCUCACGGUGGCGUCACGGCCAAAACGAUCUCGUUCCGAUGGUAUUGGUCUGUUAUUCUUCUUUUUUACAGAAACUCUGCGCAUUGAAUGCGGAGAAAUUUGCUCCUCUUCGCGAACAACCUCGUUCAAAUCAAUCAUAACAGACGCAAAUAUCAAGAUUGAAUUUGGUUCGCAGAGAGGCUAUUUUGGGCAUUUAAGAAUCUGUUUUCAAUAUUCGCGCCAAAAGGACAGAGCAAAAUCCGACAUCACAAGGAAAAGUCGAGGGUAACAACGUAAAUUUACUGGAAUCCUGGAAGGGCAAUUUCGUCUUCUCAAUAAAAGUGCCGUGUCCUUUCGCGAAAAGCCCAUAAUAGUAAUGCUUCAUCGACCGGACCUCCGGAACAAAACAAAACCUUCCAUCCGACAUUUCCUUUCUUUUUCUCUCGUUUUCGCGGAAGAAACACAGGUUUCUUAUGAACCACGGUUUCUCUUAGUAAAUCGAAACGGAGAUCAUCUGCUAGGAUAUGGCAAAUGAUGCUCGAUCUAGACAGGCAAUUAAGGAUGAUGAUAGCAAUAAUUCAAAGGGGAGGCGUAUCAGAACUAGGGGAUCAACUAGUUUGGGUGUAGCAACACCAAAAUCAUCAGGUUUAAGAAGGUCAACCAGAGAUAUUUCAUCAAAGAAACAUACUUCUCCAAGUCCGUCAAGCACUCGCAAAUCUGGUAGACUUGAGAAAUUUACUUCAACAACUCCAGUCAUAAGGAAGUCAGAGAAAGCAGAAAAGGAGAAUAUCCAGAGCCCUUUGAGGAGGUCUGAGAGGGCUAAGAGGCUCUCCUCAUCCAGUUCUUCAGUCUCAAAGAAAUCUAACAGAACAUCAGGAUCAUCAGAUUUUAAACAGAAGAAAGAGAAGAAAGAAAAAAGUGUGAAACGGCUUACUGUGGAAACUAAAGAGGUUAAGAAAAUAGAGAAGCAGAUUGAGAAAUCUGUUAAUGUGGAAGAGAAGAGAAUGAAUGCUCGUGCUUACAAGGCUUUAUUUGAGCGACCAACAAAGGAGAUUAAUGCACCAGAUAGUCCUGAGGAACUUGACAGGAUGGAUAAAUUAUUUGAAGAUUGUAGCAGCAUUUGCAAAGGUAAUGAUUCUAAGAAAAUAGAUGGAGGCUUUGACCGCAGCAAUGGGAGAAGGGACGAUUUGAAAGUAAAAUGUCUUGGGAUUGCUUGUGAAAGCACUUUGGAGGGAUCUAAUUCUGAUGCAAUUGAGUCUAUGAAAGAAAUAUUAAAAAGCACUGUCGAAGUGGAGCCAUCUGGUACAGUCUGUGCAGUUGUUAAUGAUGGUUGCGAGAAAGAAGCAAUUGGGUCAGGACUUGGGGAAGGAAUUUCUAAGACUACUGACAUGGUCAGCAAAAUUAGUGAUGAUACUGAAAUGGCAGCAGUUGGUUGCUCUGCAGAGAAUAAUAUGGAUACAUCAAAAUUGUUGAAUAGAGAAUCCGGUUUGGAAAGGGAUGACAAAACCAUUUUAGCAAAAAGGAAAAUAAACACAAUAGAUAUGGUUUCUGAUCCUUCUGAUAUGGUUAUGAUCAAAGAUGCAUGCAGGUCAAUUGGUGAUGCUAGCACAUCGCCAUCUGGGUGCAGAAGUAAGAGUUGUUCUCAAACUAGUGGCACGUGCCUUAAGAGGCAGAGGGUAAAUUGUAACGCAGAAUCAAGCUGGGAAUUUUGUGAUAUGUCCUUCACUAAGGAUAGGGAGGAACUUGCAGGUCAUGUUAUCACAGGUCCUCAGGAGAUUUCCAGCAACCAUAUGCAACAGAAUGGAUGUUCUGGAGAUUUUCAAACAGAAGCUGACCAGAAUACAUGUUACAUUUGUAAGCUUGAUGGAAAACUCUUGUGUUGUGAAGGAAGAAGAUGCAAAAGGAGCUAUCAUCUUCCUUGUCUAGAUCCUCCGAUCAAGCAUGUCCCUCUAGGAGUUUGGUACUGUUCAAGCUGUGUUCGGAAGAAGAUAGAAUUUGGUGUACAUUCAGUUUCAGAGGGAGUUGAGUUAAUUUGUGAUACUCGAGAAGUGGAGGUACCAAAUUGUGAUGGAUUGCAGAAGCAGAAGGAAUAUUUUGUCAAGUACAAAGGUCUUGCUCACAUUCACAAUCGGUGGCUACCAGAAAGUCAACUGGACGAAGCUCCGUCACUACUUGCAAAGUUUAACCGUAAAAAUGAGACAGAUGGAAGGAAAAAGGAUUCAUCAGUUAAAUUGUUGCAGUUGUCAGCUGGAGGCUCUUCAGAAUUAAAUAACCAUCUAGACUUUGUUAAUAAGCUACGUGACCAUUGGUAUCAAGGUCGCAAUGCUGUUGUUUUUGACGACCAGGAGCGAAUUGUGAAGAUGAUAUCAUUUAUCUUCUCACUUUCAUCUGAUGUCUUCAGGCCGCUCCUUAUCAUUUCUACUCCUGCUGCACUUCAUUCGUGGGAUGAUAAGUUAUUCAAUCUAGCACCAUCUGUUGAUGUUGUGGUUUACAAUGGGAGCAAAGAAAUUAGGGAAAGUAUUAGGAAAUUGGAGUUCUCUGAGGAAGGGGAUUCUGUCAUGUUUCAAGUGCUUAUAACUUUGCCGGAAGUUUUAAGUGAGGAUAUAUCUGUGUUUCAAGGUGUAGAGUGGGAAAUGAUAAUAGUUGAUGACUGGCAAAGCCCCAAAAUUUCGUCUCAUUUUAAACAAAUUAAGAUACUAAAUAGCAGUUUGAGGAUUCUUCUUGUCAGUGGUCGACUAAAGGAUACGUCAUCUGAGUACCUUAACUUGUUGACUCUGCUUGAAACUCAUUGUAUUCUUAAUGAUGACAAUCACCUGGCUGUUAACUCCAGGGAUGAUAUUGCUUCUUUGAAGGAGAGAUUGGCAAAAUAUAUCAUAAAUGGAUGCAAAUCUGAAUCAUUUAGGUUUGUCGAAUACUGGGUUCCCGUGCAGAUAUCCAAUAUACAACUUGAGCAGUAUUGUGCUACUCUAAUAUCAAACUCUCUAUCACUUUGCUCACCGUCAAAGAAUGAUCCUGUUGGCGCACUUUGUAAUACCCUUGUUACCAUCAGAAAGUGCUGUGAUCAUCCCUAUGCUGCGGAUGAGUCCCUCCAGUCCUCAAUUAAUAAGGACCUUGAAGUGGUUGAGUAUUUGGAUGUUGGAAUAAAAGCAAGUGGCAAACUGCAGCUUCUUGAUGCAAUGCUUAUGGAGAUAAAGAGCCGUGGUUUGAAAGUACUUAUUCUGUUUCAGCCUAUUGGUGGCUUUGGAAGGGAUUUAGUUGGAGACAUUUUGGAUGACUUUCUGCGUCAAAAUGUUGGUCCUGAUUCUUAUGAACGUAUUGCACGAGAUAUUGUUUCUUCAAAGAAGCAAUCUGCCAUGAACAGGUUCAAUAAGGAGAUUGGGAGAUUUGUGUUUUUGUUGGAAACCCGGGCCUGCCAUCCUAGCAUAAAGCUGUCAUCAGUUGAUACUGUUAUAAUAUUUGACAGCAACUGGACCCUAGUGAAUGACUUAAGAGCCCUGCAGAAGAUAACAUUUGACUCAGAGUGUGGGCAGAUAAAAAUAUUUCGUUUGUAUUCAGCUUGUACGGUUGAGGAAGGAUUCUGAUUCUAGCGAAGAAAGUAGUCGCUUGAUAGUGAUCCACAGAACAUUGGCCAUGGCA